AUGACUUUUACAAGUAUCUACACCAGAGAUGACUACUACAAUGGCGGAAGCUGGUCAGGCGGGGCUCGUUGGGCAUUCUUUGCAAUAUUUAUAGUGUUGAUUAUAAUUGUCGUGUUGGGCACCUUACGAAUCAACAGAGCAAGAUCUAGACAGGGUAUACAGCCACUUUAUGGGACAAGAUGGAUGACACCUCCAUCCUACUAUCAAUCUCAAAACCAAUACAAUCAACCAACGAGACGUGAACCUGACAUGCCGAAUGUGUAUGUCCCAACAUACACUGAGCGUGCCGGUGAAUAUGACAUGGGUUACUAUGAUAACGAAGGUAAUUUUCACCCUAACCCUAACGCGAAAGAUCCGAGUGUUCCACCGCAAGCCUAUCAAGGACACACUUCCUCUGGUGAUGGCGUUUUGAUAAGCAACGAUUUUCCGACUUACGAGCAGCACAGCCAGGAGGAGCAGCUGCGACAGCAAAGUCGAGGGACGGAGACAACAGACGCAAGAAUACCGCGGGAGUAA